UUUAUUUUAGAUUAAAUAAUUUAUUGUAAAGAAAACAAGAAAUACCAUAAGAAACGAGCACAAAAUAAAAUACUAUGAGUAAUGUUUAUAUAUUGGAGCCCCAGACCUCCGGAAAGGUUUUACUGAAAACAACAGUGGGAGAUAUUGACAUAGAACUCUGGGCAAAAGAAACACCAAAAACAUGUAGAAAUUUCAUACAGCUCUGUUUAGAAGGUUAUUAUAACGAUACGAUUUUUCACAGAGUGGUAAAAGGUUUUAUUGUGCAAGGAGGAGAUCCAAAUGGGGAUGGUACAGGAGGCGAAUCUAUUUAUGGAGAACCAUUUAAAGAUGAAUUUCAUCAACGACUUCGGUUCUCCAGGAGGGGUUUGCUGGCUAUGGCAAAUUCAGAUAAGGAUGAUAAUGGAUCUCAAUUUUUUUUUACUCUUGGCCCUACACCCGAGUUGCAAAAUAAACACUCUUUAUUUGGAAAAGUUACUGGAGACACUUUAUUCAAUAUGCUUAAACUUGAAGAUGGGCUAAUUGAGGAUGAAAGACCAGUUUAUCCACAUAAAAUUUUAAAAACUGAGGUUUUACAUAACCCUUUUUCUGAUAUAGAACCCCGCGUAAAAGAUAUAGAAGUCAAGGAGAAGAAAAAAAAAGAGAAAAAGGCUGGUGUAAAGAAUUUCAAGUUGCUUUCUUUUGGUGAGGAAGCCGAAGAAGAUGAAGAAGAAUCAACAAGAGAAAAUGAAAAAUAUAUAAAAAAAGGAAAAUCAACUCACGAUGUCUUAGAUGAUCCAAAAUUAAGUUCACAAACUGAAAUUCCUUCUUCGGACAAAGAAGAUGAAGAAACGGAAAAUCCUGAAGAACAACUAGAAAAUAUUAGAAAAAAAUUGAAAACUACUCAUAAGAAACAUAACGUUUCAUCUGUACCCGUAUCUAGUAAAGACGAUGACGAAGAUCUUGAAUACUACUUACAUAAAGAUAGGGACUUGGAACGGAAAAAGAAAAUGGAAGAGAUUAAACAGGAAAUACAGAGCCUUAAAAAAGACUACCACAAGAAUAAACUAAAAAAAGAAGAAAUCAAAACACAGGAAGUCAAAGAAGAGGAAGUCAAAAGUGAAACAUUCAAAGCUUACAAAGAGGAGUAUGAUAAAUAUAAAAACAAAAAAGAGCAGUUACCCAAAAAAGGAUCAGGCAGAGAAAAAUUUACUUUGGAUUUAUUAGAGAAGUUCAAAAAAAAGUUGCACUCUGCUAAAGAAAAAGAACCUGAAGAAAGGGAAGAAGAAAAAAAGGAUGAUGAUAUCGAUAAUGAAGAAACAUGGUUGUCUCACAAACUGAAGUUCCAGGAUGACAAUCCAACUUUGGCAAAGGACGCAAAUACAAAAGAUGAUGACUGGUUUGAAAUUUACGAUCCCAGAAAUCCUUUAAAUAAAAGGAGACGUGGAGAAAACACAGCAAAAUCAAAAAAAUGAAAAUUUAUAUCUGUAUAUAGCAAGGUGUAAAUAAAAAUUUCUGUUUUUCAAAUU